AUGGGGAUGACACCAAAGAAGAAGAAACUAAGUGAAUCCGGAUCAAAGAAUAACAUCAGAAGCCCAAAGGUUUUCAGCAGGAGCAACUCCAGGACCAGCGGAUGCAGCGGUGAACAGAGUCCAAAGGCGGCAGCAGUGGACGAGGAUGAUGCUGUCUUCAUCGGGCUGGCUUCCGAAUUGAAGGAGGAGGGGACGAGGCUAUUCCAGAAAAGGGACUAUGAGGGAGCAGCGUUCAAGUUUGACAAAGCGGUAAAGCUCUUGCCAGAGGGGCAUAAUGAUGUCGCCUUCCUGCACUGUAACAUUGCAGCAUGUUACAUGCACAUGAAUCCGGAGGAGUACCAUCGUGCAAUUGACGAGUGCAAUUCAGCAUUAGAGGCAUCACCAAAGUAUACAAAGGCAUUAUUGAAAAGGGCACGGUGUUUCGAAGCGUUGGAUAGGCUAGAUCUAGCUUGUGUGGAUGUGGAAAAGGUUCUGAGCUUAGAACCAAAUAAUGUGACAGCGUUGGAACUCCAUGAGAGUAUUAAGGAGGUGAUGGAGCAGGACGUUUUGUUGGACAAACGGGUUGCAUCGCCAGAUGAACCUGCGAUCAACAUUAUAAAAGAGAGGAUACAGAGGAGGGUGUCCCGAAAAUUUAGAAAUUCCAUAGUCGAGGAAGAGGUGUGGGAGAUGAUUCAUGAUGAAGAGGAUCAUGAGAAUGUUGAGGAUGACGACAAAGAUAGCAGCAAAGAGAACCAUACAGUGAACGAUUUAACCCCGGAGGGAAAUGACGCUGGCAAGAUGCAGGAGAAGCAUAACCAGGACAAGCAUGAAAAGCAUCCUGAAGAAACCAAAAGCAGGAAUGGCCAUUACAAGCCAGGUGAGACUAAUGAAGGGCUGCAACAGCAGCAUUCUUCAAGGGUUAUGGAAGAAAUGAGCCCAAAACAGAGGUAUGGCCAAGACAACCACGAAAAGCAUCUCAAGGAGAUACUGGUGAAAGGAAUUCAGCUUGAAAAGGGAAAACAUACCAAACUGCAGAAUCAAAUGAGCAGUGUGGGAAGGCGUAAAAAGCAUUUUGAGGUUGGCAGUCAUAGCAAGCAAGAGAAGCAUACAGAGGAAAAAUAUGAGAGGUACACCAGUGUCAACCAAGGGAAACACUAUUUGGAGGAAAAGUAUGAGAGGUAUAUGCCAGAAAAGACAAUUACUAUCAAAACAGCAAAUCAUGGUAGAGACAAGCAUACAAAAUAUACUAGAGAGAAUCACGAAGAUGUCAGGGAAGGAGUAGAGAAGAAAUUUAAGUUCGUUCAUGGUGAUGACAUAAGGAUUGUUUUAAUUCCAGAAAAUUGUAGUCUAUUGCAGGUAAUGGACAUAGCUCGGUAUAAGUACAACCCACAUCUCAAGUCAUUUCUUCUGAAAUUUAUGGACAAAGAAGGUGACUUGGUGACAAUUACAUCAACCGAAGAUUUAAGGUGGGUUGAGGAUCUCUACCCACAAGUACCAGUUCGGUUGCAUAUAAAAGAGGUUAGUCCUGAGCGCGAGAUUACUAGGGAUCUGAUCAUGCCAAUGUCCUCUGCUGCACGAGAACAGAACCACUAUAGCACCUCUGAGUGUGGAAGCUCAAGGAAGGAAGAUGAGAGGAACUCUUGCUCUGAUGACUGGAUGGUGCAGUUUGCUCGCCUAUUCAAGAACCACGCUGGAUUCGAUUCUGAUGCAUGUGUUGAUCUUCGUGAUGUUGGUAUACGACUUUACUAUGAGGCAAUGGAAGAGACCAUCACAAGUGAAGAAGCACAGGAAAUAUUUCAAGCUGCAGAAGCGAAGUUUCAGGAAAUGGCAGCUCUAGCAUUGUUCAAUUGGGGCAAUGUCCACAUGUCCCGUGCAAGGAAGCGAUUAAUUUUAUCUGAAGAUGCUUCGAAAGAGUCAAUACUUGCCCAGGUUAAGUCUGCGUAUGAAUGGGCAUGCACUGAAUAUGUCAAAGCUGGAAAGAAAUUUGAAGAUUCUGUAGAUGUGAAGCCAGAUUUUUAUGAAGGUCUUAUUGCACUCGGACAGCAACAGUUUGAGCAAGCAAAGCUUUCUUGGCGUUAUGCUCAUACAUGUAAAGUAGAAAUGGGAACUGAAGUAUUAGAACUUUUCAAUCAUGCUGAAGACAACAUGGAAAAGGGGAUGGAGAUGUGGGAAGGAAUAGAAUAUUUGCGAGUAAAAGGGCUAGCUAAAUCAAGGAAGGGGAAGAUAGCAGUGGAUAAACUGGGUUUGAAUGAGCAGGGAAAGGAUUUAUCACCAGAUGAAGCCUUUGAACAAGCCUCAAACAUGCGCUCACAGCUAAACAUUUCAUGGGGUACAAUUCUUUAUGAACGCUCAGUAGUAGAAUUCAAGUUAGGACUCUCUAGCUGGGAAGAAAGUCUACAAGAAGCCAUUGAAAAAUUUAAGAUCGGAGGAGCUUCUGUAGCAGAUAUCAGUGUGAUGGUAAAGAACCACUGUGUGAAUGGGAACAAUCAAGAAGGAUUAAGCUUCAACAUUGAUGAGAUAGUUCAAGCAUGGAAUGAAAUGUACGAUGCUAAAAAGUUAAAAAAUGGUAGUUCUUCGUUCCGUCUGGAACCUAUAUUUCGAAGGAGGCCUUCAAAGCUGCAUAAUAUACUAGAGCAUAUACACUAUACGUGA